AAGUUGGCAUACUCCCUUCUGUUUUUCGAAUUCCGUAGCUUUACAGCUUGUCAACAAACACAUUUUUAGAAAAAAUAAUAAUAUUUUAUAAAACAUGGCGCGCUUUUAUUUAUUGAUCAUCUUUAUACUUGGAAUGUUUUUUUGCGAUGAGGUCGCUUCGCGCGAACCCAAAUGCAUGGUGAACGAAACUCGGGGACAUGCGGAUUCCUACGCCAUCGACUUUGGGAAACAUGCCUUUAUUACAGAUGAACUUACGGCCCUAGAGAAGGGUAUGGAUAUAUUAAAUUCGAUAGUGACAUGGACAUUUGAAGUCCUACGCAAGGAGUUGAGAAGGGAGCUCGAGCAAGUGCGACAUAAUAUGAUCGUGCUCAGUGAACUUCGUCGCCGAAACCACAAGAUCAUGAUGAAGAAACAAAAUAUGCGGGCUAAAAGCAAACCAAGGACUUAUAAAAACCCAAGGAGAAGAGCAGAUGAGGUGAAGGAGUUUUAUGAUACGAUGGUGAAUCGCCUGAAUGCCACCGGGCGAAUCUUCCUGAUUCAUCGACCAACCGUAUUUAACCAUCAAUUCCUGCUGGAGAGCAACCAAGUUGACUUCUUCAAGGUACGCGGCCUUAGGCAACCAAACAUUACACUCCAAGCCAUCGAUUGAAAAUCACACACUUUUGAACUGAGAAGAACAUAUUUAAUGAUUUCCUAAACUUUAUACUAGUAAACAUUAAAAUCUCGUAAGUUAUUAUUAUUGA